UAUUUUGGAAGACACUUUGGGGGAGAUUUACUAAAUCUGCAUGCAACAUUUGUUGCAGCUCUACAUAGAAACCAAUCAGCUUCCAGGUUUUACUGCUGAAAUCCUAACCCUAAGUUCACAUCUGUGCGGGUGGUGCCGCUGCGGAUCCACACGAAAAUCCGUGCAGCCGCACCACCCGCACAGAGAAAUGCGGACUCGCAGGCGGGUGCCAUUAAUUCUAAUAGCACGCCGCCCGCACUGGAAAAUGCAACCAUCCUGGGAACCGACGUACCCGUGCAGGCUGUGUUUUCAAAAGAAGUGCAGGGACUUCUUCCCUGCGUGUCACGGGCCUGCACGGCUGCAUAUAUAUGAACCGGGGGUUAGUCUUCUUUCUCCAGUAAUGGACAGCACAGUGGCUAAA